AGACCUCAUUCCUCCCUCCGCCACCUUUUACGCAAACCUGAACUUGGGUUGAGGUUCCUCUCCUGUUACGCACCGCGGCUCACGCUCCCUCCUCCCCGGCCCAGCGUCCACCGCACCCCUUCCCCGCUCCUCCCCCUCCUCCUCCUCCUCCUCCUCUGCAGCAGCUCUAACCGAGCUGUAACGGGACACUUUCAGGGCACACAAGGCUUCACCCGCCGCAUCAUCUCCGGUACGUUCAGACUAUCUCCCCCGGCGCCUGGGAUGCAGACGCCGCAGAGGCAUCGCCGUGUCGCCGCAUGUGGCGCGUUGAAACGGCCGUUGACACCCUGAUUUCGGGUUGAAUGAUCGGAGGCACCGCGGGGCGCCAAGAGGGAGUUCGUGCCGAUCCGGACCGGCCGUCCGGAGAUGAGUGCCGGGCUCGCGAUGUGCCUGCAAGAUGCCACCUCGGCUCAAGGCCCUCCCUAAUCCUGCCUGGGCGACCCAGAGGACCCCCCUCAGUCCCAGGACACCUCAUGACUCAUCCAGUUCAUCCUCUCUAGCUAUAAGACGCUGAUCAAUUCAAGCAACUCUCUCUUGGGUUUUCCUUUCUCCCUCUCGUCUGAUGCUGAAUCCUGACCCACCAACUGAGUCUAUCAUGGAUGUCUGACGGAGCCGCCAAGACUCGUCCACAUAAAGAAAUGUCAAUAGGAAUUCUGAUACUCCUCGUUUCUCUUCUCCCUGGGUUUUUCAAGUUGUUAGUUGGCAGCCAAGACCAUAGCUUGUCAAACACUGAGAAAUAACUUCUUGUUAUGAGGGACGCUGGGGCCCAAAAGACUGCAAGAUACGGCCAUUUUUAUGCUCCGGUUGUGUGCAGUAGACCCGGGCUGCGGCCGGAAAGUUGUUCUGGUUUACAAGAUUUAACAUAAGUUUUUGGAGGCUGAGACAGAGAAGAAAAAGAAAUUGACGCACUACAGGUUCCUUCUGCCUUUUGUUACUUGAUCUGCGCUGCCCAGUGCGGAGCGGCGAGCUUUCCAGAUGCUGCCAUGCCCAUCAUCAGCAACGCCAACCAUGACUUCAGCAACCUGUCCGUCAGCGACGACAGCAGCCUGGACCACAUCUUCACGGAAAUACCCGAGACGGCGACCAUCAAGGGCGUGUACUACCAGAGGGCUCAGCUCAUCCGUCGACCAGAGGACUUGGUGUCCAUUGACCACGCGCUACUGGCGGUGAUAAAUGUCGGGGGAAACCGCUACACCUUCCCCUGGAGCACUCUGGAGCAGUUCCCCCUGACAAGACUCGGCCGCCUGUGUGGCUGCCGAUCGGCCGAGGACAUCGCCCGGGUCUGCGACGACUAUGACGAAGCGCAAAAGGAGUUCUUCUUCGACCGCUCGCCCUCGGCCUUCAGGGUCAUACUCAACUUCCUGGCCGCGGGGAAACUGCGCCUGCUGAGGGAGAUGUGCGUCCUCUCCCUCCACGACGAGCUGACCUACUGGGGGGUGGAGAUAACGUACAUGGAGCGCUGCUGCAAGCGGAAGAUGUACACUCGCAUCGAGGAGGUGAACGAGCUGGAGAGGCGCGAGGAGGAGUGCAGGCAGAGGAACGCCAUGCAGCGCGUGCCGGUGGAGGAGACGAGGUACAGAAAGGUGAUGAACUGGCUGAGAGAUAUGGUGGAGAAUCCGCAGUCUGGCUUACCAGGGAAGAUCUUUGCCUGCCUGUCCGUGAUCAUGGUUGCGGUGACUGUCAUCAGCUUGUGCAUCAGCACCAUGCCAGACCUCAGAGAAGAAGAGGACCGGGGCGAGUGUUCAUCUAAGUGCUACAACAUGUUCAUCAUAGAGACCGUGUGUGUGGCCUGGUUCUCCCUGGAGUUCCUCCUGCGGUUUGUUCAGGCCCCCAGCAAGCUGGAGUUCCUCCGCGGGCCGCUCAACAUCAUCGACGCCAUGGCCAUCCUUCCCUACUACGUCUCCCUGGUGGUGUCGGAGGACGACCCGUCCUUGGAGCACGAGAAGCCAGGAGGAGGUAAGGGCUACUUGGACAAGCUGGGCCUCGUGUUGAGGAUUCUGCGGGCGCUGAGGAUUCUCUACGUCAUGCGGCUGGCUCGCCACUCUCUCGGCUUGCAGACUCUCGGGCUGACGGUAAGGCGCAGCACCCGGGAGUUCGGCCUCCUCUUGCUCUUCCUCUGCGUGGCCGUCACGCUCUUCUCCCCGCUGGUCCACCUGGCCGAGAGCGAGCUCACGGGCACCCACGACUUCAGCAGCAUCCCGGCCUCCUACUGGUGGGCGAUCAUCUCCAUGACGACCGUGGGCUACGGCGACAUGGUGCCCAGGUCCAUUCCGGGACAGGUUGUAGCGCUGAGCAGUAUCCUCAGCGGGAUCCUCAUCAUGGCCUUCCCUGCUACCUCCAUCUUCCACAUGUUCUCCCGGUCCUACCAAGAGCUCAAGAUGGAGCAUGACAGGUUGUUCAAAGAGGAGUGCGCGGCGGCUGCGGCUGCUGCCGCCGCUGCCUCUGGGGAGCUGCAGGAGGCGGGAGGCGUAGAAGGGGGGGAGAACUUGGCUCCACCCGGGCUGGGAUUACGUCUAGACAAGGAUAGUGUGCACUCACUGGAGUCUCUUUCUCUGUUAGGGAAAGGUGGCGACGCUGCAGGAAAUAACAACCACAACCUGCCGCCGGCAGCUUUCUGAACAGUACCGACUGACCUAAACCCGAACAAGAAGACACGAGUCCACUCUGUGUUGCAUACAACUGUACUGCACUGCAUACAACUGUACUGCAAACGACUAUUGCUUCACCUCCCAUAAGGUUGUGAGGGCACGGAUUUAAGGAAGAUUGAACAGACAGCCUCUCUUUUGCCCUGCAUAGAAUAAGUGUGCACACUGUAGACUGCACAGAAACGGAAAGACUUUAAACCCUUUAACUUGGACAGUUCAGUGUGUCUGACCAGAAAGCCUCUGCAGCAUUAUUAGUAAUUAGCUGCUUCCAUAAACAUGCAAUAUUCAAUCCAAAGUUGCUUUUCCUUCCACUGUGAAAAUACUUAUAAGCCCGACUGCAACUUUAAGUUUUAUUUUACUUUUUAAUAUAUUGCCUACAGAAUGAGUUGAAAAUGUGUCUCAUACUUAAUCAUUUUCUUUCAUAAAUUCAAAGAAGUGCUCCUCUUCGAAGCUUGAAGCCAUGUCCUGAGGAUAGAUACAAAGAAACUGAUGGCCAUAUAUGUAAACCGUCUAUAUCUUUCUGAUAUAUGUUUGAAUGCCCGAACUCAAAGACUCUCUGUCGCAAACUCAAGGUAGGCGGUGUGAAAAUACUUACUAUGGUGCAGGUGUUUUUUUUGCUUAUUUUUAAUCGAGUCGACGAUGAGGUGAGAGGACCGAGGGAGAGACGGUGUGUUUGUGUUGGAGAGCGAGAGGGUGUGCGAGCAAGAGAGGAUGAGCAGUAACAACCAUGACGUGUACUUUGCAACGCUCCAAAUAAAAGCUCUCCAAGUAAUCUGAGAGAAAUCCA